GGUGAAAAGCAUACCGUUCAAUUAGCCGAGACUGGAGGAGGGUCGUCUUCUACCUCUGACAUCCGUCUUUCGUUUCUCCGCUUCUCUUCGCUCAUCAACGCUGCUACAACCCAAUGGAGCUGAGCCCUCAGCAGCUUAGCCAAUACAACGGCUCCGACCCAUCCAAACCCAUUUAUGUCGCUGUCAAGGGCCGUGUCUUCGACGUCAGUGCCGGCAAAUCCUUCUACGGCCCCGGUGGCCCCUACGCCAUGUUCGCCGGCAAGGACGCCAGCCGAGCUUUGGCCAAGAUGAGCAAAAACGACGAGGAUGUUUCACCCUCCCUCGAUGGCCUCUCCGAGAAGGAGAUCGGCGUCCUCAACGACUGGGAAAAGAAGUUCGAAGCUAAGUACCCUGUUGUUGGCCAUGUUUCCUUUUAAUUCCACGUCUCCGCCUGUACUUUAAUCUAUGAUCGUAUCUUUCAUGUUUAUUUUGCUUGUAACUAUGUGAAUUGGGGUUCUCUUGCUCCUGAUUAUCUGACUGUUGCUCCAAACGGACUCUGUUUCUGUUCUUGAAUGUACGUACGAUUGCUUAUCUGUGCAAUAAUAAAACUCCGUAUGGUUUAUUCCACCAUGAGAAAAAGGAGUUUUCUGCGCCUA